ACAGAAAGUGACACAGAAAAAACAAGGAGAGAAAAAAUGUGUGUAGUGGCUAAUGAUCUAUCAUGCCAACACUAUAUGAAAACUAAAACAAAAUUUCAAUGAAGAAUAUCAAUGGAAUCCUUAAUUUCUUUGGGUUAAUAAUGAAUCGCAUGUUCCUUCGAAUAUCCUAUAUAUCCCUUGUAAUUAUAUUAUGUCUACUUUGCCAUACAUGGUUCAAAUUGUAUUUACCUCUCGUCAAAACUUCUAAGAAUAUGUUAAGUUUUAUAAGCAACAAGAACAAACAUGAGAAAAAAUUAGAAAACACAUCGAAAGAUGCGCUUGCAAACGAACCUGAUAGAUAUCUCAUUGAUACAAUUGGUUGUAAAAUAUUAGCAAUUGAUAUACCUGAAACUAAUUUUAACAUUAAUCGUUCCUCAGUAGUAUGCCCUGGUCCAGCAAGGUUAACAAAAGUCGUUGGUGCAAUUUUGUACGUGAACCAAUCAAUUAAAGCAGUUCAUUACUCGAACAAAAUUAAACGCUGUCAGAAGUGGAAUAUUAAACGAGGUGACAACGAUAAUAGUAUUGUUCUUGGAAAACCGAUUACCUUUCAUAACCAAACGAAAAUUGAUGCAGAGUUCAGUUUGAUAAAAUGUGAAGGAGUUAAUAAUUCCGUGUUAUAUACAGAUUUCCACAGUCGUAUCAUUGAUAAAGAACAUGUGCAGAAGAAGUUGAAAUCUCAGUCUGGUAAAAGAGCUGAAGAUCGUCCGCUUAGUGUUCUUCUUAUUGGAAUUGAUUCAACGUCUCGCAAUAGCUUCUCUAGACAAAUGCCUCGUUUAAAGAAGUACCUUCUAGAAACACUAAAAGCUUAUUCGUUCCCUGGAUUUACAAGGGUUGGUGUGAAUACUCUUCCGAAUAUAAUACCGUUAUUAACAGGAAAAUUUUUGAACGAAAGUAAAUAUCACCAAGGUAUGUCUUUUGACUCAGUAGAUUUUAUAUGGAAAAACUAUAGUUCCAAAAAUGCUAUAACACUUUUGGUAGAGGACCGUCCAAGAACUGGAGCCUUUAAUUUUUACCGCCGUGGCUUUGUGAAAUCACCGACUGAUUUCUAUAUUCGACCGCUGACACUUGCGAUGGCGAAGAAUAGAUCUCACAAAGAAUUCUGUGUGGGCCCUGUCACCGAGUCUGAACAAAUUAUACAUUAUACCAAGCAGUUUCUAAAGUUGUACGGGACAUCUUUCUAUUUUGCUUUUAUUUUUUUCACAGACUGGAAUCACGAUCGCUUGCAUGGUGCGGCUAGAUGGGAAGACAAGCUUUUGGGGUUUUAUCAGUGGCUUCAUCAAUCAAAAACACUAAACAACACUUUACUAUUUUUCUUCGGGGAUCAUGGUUUCCGCAUGGGUGGAUUUCGUACAACUGUCGCUGGAAGUCAUGAAGCAAAUUUACCUUUUUCAUUUUUUAUUGUCCCAGAAUGGUUCAAGAUCAAACACAAAUCAAAAGCCAAUUCUAUUCAUAGAAACCAAAAUCGUCUUGUGACACUUUUCGAUUUUCAUGCCACUCUUUCUGAAAAUCUGAACAGAGGGGAACAAACUCGAAUGAUGACGAGUAACAGAAGCAUCAGUCUUAUGUCACCAAUACCAAGUAACAGAACUUGCAAGGGAGCAGAAAUACCUGCACAAUUCUGUGAGUGUUUCUCAGCAAGAAAGCAAUUGAGAGUUAAAAAUGUGAACGUGACCGAAGCAGCCAUCGCUGUUGUGAAAACACUGAAUAAACGUUUAGAAAAAGCAAAAGCGAAAAAAUGCGCAAAACUGAAAUUGAAAAAGGUAAUACGUGCUUAUAAAUAUAGAACUACAUACUCAGUAACGUUAAAAGUGUCACCAAGUGAAGGAGUUUUCCAAUCUUUGGGAGAGUAUCGUGGGAAAAACUUUCACCCGUUUGGAGAAAUUUUACGAAUCAACAUAUAUGGUAACCAAUCUCAUUGCGUCAACACUCCUAACCUGAAACCGUUUUGUUUUUGUGUGUGAACCGUUUGAUUUCUAUUUAAUCGUCUUUUGUACACUCAUAUAUGUUUCCAAGAUAUUUUCCAGCAUUUUACUCAUUCAUCUAAAUAGCAUAACAUAAUUAUAGAGACUCUUCUAUUAACAACAGCCAGGAUUGGUAAAUAAACUAUUGUAUUCAUGAAACGGGUGUCGUAGUUGAGCGGUGGACUUUAAGAAUAGACAUCACAAACUCAUAGAGAAGGAAAAGAGCCACGAAUUCGUUGAUCGUUUCCUUCUGAGAAAGAGUCUUUUGUUCAAAAUAUUUAACUCUUUACAUUUAUGUUCAUGAGCCUUUUCUUGGGAAUUUUUACUCGUACUUUUCUCAAUAAGGUCGUGAUAACUAUUCCGAAUGUCCGCCAGUCAGUUAUUUUGCACCCGUCUCAUGAGUGUGUUAGAUUAUUUAAAUAGAUUAUUUAAAUAGAAAAAUUGUCUAUCAAUAAUGGGAAAGAGCUUAAUUAUAUUUAUCUAAUUUUAUUAAAUAAACCAGUCAGUUAUAUCUCAAGUGGAAUAGAAACCUUGAUAUCUUUUUGAUACCCUCUGAUAUCUACCGUAAUACUCCAUGGCAGAAACUGUUUGAAAAUAAAUUAUAUUGCAUUUCCUUUCA